AUGGAUGACCAAGGGACGCAGCCCUCGACAAGUCCUGAUCCAUCUACGACCAGCGCAACGGGCACCCAAGGCGACGCGCCACCAAGGAAGAAGCAAAAGCGCAACAAACCCACCCUGAGCUGCGAGGAGUGUGUCGAGCGCAAGACCAAAUGUGAUCGCACUCGUCCUCAUUGCUUGGCCUGCAUCAAGCGACAAUCAAUAUGCAGAUAUUCCGAAAUCGCCAACUUGAUCGCAUCUUCUGUAGACAAGCAAGGUUGGCGCCGGUCGCACUGCGGGACGGUCCAGAAAAACCAGCGCGAGGCCUUCGUUGCAGCUUGGCAGCGACCCGCAGCCACAUGGCAAGCCGCCCAUUCAGGUAAUAAAAAUUCCUUGUUCCUGUCGUAUCAUGCAGAGUUCCUGCGAACCCAUCUCGACCCACCUGUUCACAUUCAGGUGCCACCAACACCCAUCAGAACACAAUACCGGAGCGUCUCAUUAUCGUCAUCGGGAUCUUCACCAUUCCUGUUAUCCAACAUACCAUAUUCCAAUCAUACGCCUGCACCUUUCUUUGGUCUAGGAUCCGAACACCCUUUUGCUAACUACUGGACGAGUCGCGGCGGUCUUGCCGAGGUCGUUGGCGUGCUGCCAGCAAGAGAGCAGGCUGAUAUCCUGGUUGACAAGUAUUUCGAUGCUGUCGACCCUGUGUAUCCUAUGGUUCAUCGUAGGAACUUCUAUGCCGACUAUGAACGCUUCUGGUCGCUGUCACAGGAAGAGAAGCAUACGGCUGAUCCUGUGCUAGUAGCUCUCCACUUUGUUGUAUAUGCCAUGGGUACGCAGUUCAUCCAUACCACUGAUAAUCGCGAGCGGGCGCAGAUUGCCGAGUUUUACAUAUCAGCUGCCCAGCAAGCAUUGCGGAUAUCAUCGUACCUCAGUCGAGCUUCGGUCAGGACACUUCAGGCCAUGGUCCUGAUAGGAUAUUUCUUAAUGAAUGACAACCAUGCCUCUGACGCAUGGGCGUUUGGUGGCGUUCUAGUACGGCAAGCAUACGCCAUGGGAUUACAUCGCGACCCUGAUGUAAUUGCGCCUCGGUGCUCAAAGAGCGAUAAGCAACAACGGCGGAAGCUAUGGCAAGCCAUUUAUUUCCAGGACACGUUUCUCACUGUUCUGCUCAAGCUCCCACCGACGAGUGUUUUCUCAGACAUACAGCCAGAGUCGUUGAGCGAUGAUCUUGAUGACUACAUACCGAAUGGGGCUUCGAGCAACGGCGCGACGGACCCCGUAAUCAACCCCAUGAGCAUCAGCAACAUUGCUUCGAACCAUGAUCUUUAUCCUCCGUAUGAGCUCUCGGAUCGGAGAUACAUCCGCUCCAUGUGGCACAUGGCCAAUCUCGUAUCUCGUACUGUUUGUAUACCACGGUCACUAGCAACGCCUUUGACUUCCUCAAUCUCACACAAGGCUGAGCUUGUUAACGAAUACUUUGCUCUCCACAAGAGUUUCCCAGCAGAUCUCACAGCGUCUGAUGAUGCUACCAUACGAACCAUGGCAGAAACAAACCCACGCAGUCUGCGGCAGAACUUAUUCUUUCGAAGCAACUUCUGGCACUGCGUCAUGGCGAUCCAGGCUGACGAAAACCCCGCCGAGGGUGUGCCCUGCGACGUCAAAGGUGCGCUGGACGCAGCUAGGAUGGCAUUGCAGUCUUUCUUUCACUUCUGGGAGUAUCUUAGGAUCGACGCUAGUGUGUGGUGGGUGUUCCAGCACCGUGCUUUUGAAGAAGCGCUCCUCAUGGCACGCAUUCUAGGCCAACAAGCACAACCACUUUCACCUAGCCACAACGGCCUACCCCUCUCGGCGGAUCCUUUACUCAAAGAUGCAAAGGACGAUGCGCGAAAGUGUCUCGAUAUCCUGGAUCUGGUGGGCAUCGCGCCGGAGAUGCAGAAGACGAGGACCGAGGUGCUAAGGACUGCAUUUUCGGACAUACUAUGGUAG